GGUGAAGUCAGAGACGGGAGGCUGGACAAAGGCAAACUGUACGUGUCACCAAGCAGACGUCUCACAACUGUUGGAUAAGUGGCUGGGAGGGGAGGAGGACGGAGAUAGAAGCUGGGAGCACGGAAUCAGGAGUGAGUACUUACUGCUGCCGACGCGACCACGGAGCCGAGGGCUUUGACACAUUCAUGAGCAGUCGGGCAGAGGAUUGGUUGCCAGACGCUCUUGGAGAAAGUCACAGCUCCUCUCAGAGCCGUGCAGUGAAGCCUUUUGUCAGCAGCUGGCAGCAUUCCCAGAGAAGCCUUGUAGCAAGAAGUGGUGGUAGCGCUGGAAGCGGAGGCUGCAUCAUGUCUGCAGAGAAGAAGCCAAAAAAGAAGAAAGAGGAGGCUAAUGUUACAGCAGAAGCUAAACUGAACGGAACGGAGGCCAAGCCCAAAAAGACAAAGACCAAGAAAAAUGAUGGUGCAUCGGAAGAGGACAGUCCAGCCAUCCAAAAUGGAAAGAAGGUGAAGAAAAAGAAACCAGAAAAAGACAAAGAAGAGCCAGAAAAGGAAAAAGAGAAAGAGCCAAAAAAGAAAGUCAAAAGUGCUCCGAAAAAGAAGAAAGAUUCAGGAUCUGAUGAGGACGAUGACGAUGAUGAGGACGACACCCCCAAAAAGAAAACCAAGAAAAAGACCACAAAAGACAGCUCUCCUUCUGCAAGUUCUGCCAAAGAGAAGAAGUCCAAAUCCAAAGAUGACAAAGAUUCUGAGGGAAAGGAAAAAAAGGCCAAGUCGAAGGAGAAGAAGAAGGAACCUGCCUCAAUGUUCCAGAUAAACGGAGAAAAAGACUCCAAAAGCAAAAAGAAAGCAGCUGCUAAAUCAGACAGCGACGACAGCGAAGAAGAGGCGAAGCCGAGCAAAUCCAAGAAGAAGUCGUCGGCCGGCUCUUCAUCCAUGUUCCAAAUAUCAGGAGACAAGGACAAAGACAAGAAGACAAAAAAGAAAGGAAAGGCUGAAGAAAGCGAAGACUCUGACUCUGAAAAAGAAGAAAAAUCGAAAAAGAAAAAAGCCAAAGGGAAAAAGAAAAAGGCGCGAUCGCCGUCCCCUGAGAUUGAGUUCGACAACCUGGAGAAGUUUGUGCUGCAGCCUGCGCCGCAGGGCGUGACCAUCAAAUGCAGAGUAACACGAGACCAGAGAGGGGUGGACAAGAGCCUGUACCCGUUGUACUACUUCCACCUCGACAACGAGAAGAAGACGUUCCUUUUGGCCGGGAGGAAAAGGAAGAGGAGCACGACCUCCAACUACCUCAUCUCCAUUGACGCCACAGACUUGUCCAGAGGUGGAGAGAACUUUGUUGGGAAGCUGAGGUCCAACUUAAUGGGGACCAAGUUCACAGUGUUUGACAACGCCCUGAACCCAGACAGGGCUCUUCCAGACAUGUCUAAUGCCCGGCAGGAGCUGGCAGGCAUCAUCUAUGAAACAAACGUGUUAGGAAUGAAAGGACCCAGGAGGAUGACGGUCGUCAUCCCAGGAAUGAACAAGGACAACGAGCGCGUGCCGCUCCGACCAAGAAAUGAAUGUGACGGCCUGUUGAUCAGAUACCAGAACAGAAGGAUGGAAAAUCUGAUCGAGCUCCACAACAAGACGCCUGUGUGGAACGAGGAGACAGCUUCUCAUGUGCUCAACUUCAACGGCAGGGUCACACAGGCCUCCAUCAAGAACUUCCAGAUCGUCCACAACAAAGACCUGGACUACAUCGUGAUGCAGUUCGGGCGGAUAGCCGAUGACGUCUUCACACUGGACUACAGCUACCCGCUGUGCGCCGUGCAGGCCUUCGCCAUCGCGCUGUCCAGUUUCGAUGGCAAAAUCGCCUGCGAAUGAGAGGGAAGGAAAAAGAAAGCUCCUCGUCUGUCUGCUGUGAAACCACAACACACCCACGCCCACGUCACACCAACCCGCGUGUUUCCUGCGAUAGGCAGCGGCGACUCAGUCACUAACGGCGACCUCAGGCCAACGACGGCCUGCGUCGCUGCCUUUAUGGGUGUGAUUCACAGAAGGGACUCCAGGAAGCCGAGCGUUGUCGAUUGCUCCUUGAUGAUUGUGCGUCUCAUUGAUGAAGCUGUCAAAUGAUUUUCAUCAGUGUUAUAUUGUGACUUUGCUGUAUCUGUAUUAUUGUGCUAUUUUGGUGUCUUUUUAACCAUAGAUAAACUAAUGUGCCCACGA